AUGUUGACCAUUAGUAUUGAAGAUUUCAUUGAACAAAUACCUACAAAUAUCCAGAAUGAGAAUUUGAACAAGCUUCGAGAAGAAAAUUGCUCAGACUUAAAAGAUUUGAUCAAAAAUUCAAUAACACAGUCAUCAAAUGAUACACAAUUAACAACUCCAACAUCAACUUCCAUUUCAUCAAAUACAAACUUAUCGACAACAACUAAUACCGAACUUCCAAAAAUUCAUAAACAAGCAAUAAACAUGAGUGAUAUAAUAUUAGACGUUGAAAAUUUAAAUUCUUCAAAUGAAUUAACAAUAGAGGAGAAUAUAAAUGAAGAAGAAUUUAAUUCAGAAGUAAUAGAGUAUUUAAAAUUUAAAAAAAAUCAUCAAUUGAAAUUUUGGAAAGAAGUUAAUGAAAAAGGUUUGAAUGUUAAGCUGAAUAAAGUUAGUGUAAAUAAAUUUAUGAACUAUUAA